AUUCACGUUCUUUUAACGGUUCGGUCUAAAAGCACAUUGACCCAUAAAGGUCUUGUAGCAUUCCCAGGCGGGAUAAAAUCGAAAGUGGACACUUCCAGUGUAGACACAGCGCUAAGAGAAGCACACGAAGAGAUCGGCCUCUCACCAAACGAUGUCGAGGUGCUAUCUGUGCUGCCAAUGACUUGGACUGUGCCUAAUUUUUCUGUGGUUCCCGUUAUAGGAUUGAUUCCAAGUGACUUUGAACCAGUUGUUGACAAAAAGGAAGUCGAAGAGGCCUUUAGUGUUCCUUUAGUGGAGUUUCUGAACAAUAGCAGUUGUCGGAAAGAAGUGCACUUCUACUACGGCUGGGGGAUUUUCGCUUACUUCUUUGAACUAAACGCAAGUUCUACGUCUGUUUGGUGUUAUGGAUUAACGGCUUACCUAUGCCAAAUGGUAGCCGCCAUUGUUUAUGAGAAA